AUGUUUGGAGUUAGCCGUGGCGCAUUCCCCAGCGCAACAACACAGCCAUUUGGCUCAACAGGAUCAACCUUUGGUGGCCAACAGCAACAACAACAACCAGUAGCAAACACUUCUGCUUUCGGCCUCAGUCAGCAAACAAAUACAACACAAGCACCUGCGUUUGGUAACUUUGGUAACCAAACUUCUAAUUCUCCCUUCGGAAUGUCAGGCUCGACUACAGCAAAUGGUACUCCUUUUGGUCAAAGUCAAUUGACGAACAACAAUGCCUCUGGCUCGAUCUUCGGUGGAAUGGGUAAUAACACAGCACUUUCUGCUGGUUCCGCUUCUGUUGUGCCCAAUUCUACUGCAGGUACAAGCAUUAAACCUUUUACUACAUUCGAAGAGAAGGAUCCAACCACAGGUGUCAUCAACGUCUUCCAAAGUAUCACCUGUAUGCCUGAAUACAGAAAUUUUUCUUUUGAAGAAUUGAGAUUUCAAGAUUACCAAGCUGGUAGAAAAUUCGGUACCAGUCAAAAUGGCACUGGUACUACUUUUAACAAUCCUCAAGGAACUACCAAUACUGGAUUUGGAAUUAUGGGUAAUAAUAACUCCACUACUUCUGCUACAACAGGAGGAUUAUUUGGUCAAAAGCCAGCAACAGGCAUGUUUGGAACCGGAACUGGAAGUGGUGGUGGCUUUGGCUCUGGAGCGACCAACUCUACAGGAUUGUUUGGAAGCUCUACUAACCUCUCAGGAAAUUCUGCAUUUGGAGCAAAUAAACCUGCCACUUCCGGGGGAUUGUUUGGUAAUACAACUAACAACCCAACAAACGGCACUAAUAAUACAGGCCUUUUCGGCCAGCAGAACUCAAAUACAAACGGAGGAUUAUUUGGUCAACAGCAAAAUUCAUUUGGGGCGAAUAAUGUCAGUAACGGGGGAGCCUUUGGUCAGGUGAAUCGUGGUGCCUUUCCCCAACAACAAACACAACAAGGUAGUGGUGGUAUAUUUGGUCAAUCAAACGCUAACGCAAAUGGUGGCGCUUUCGGCCAACAGCAAGGCACUGGUGCUCUUUUUGGAGCUAAACCUGCUUCUGGUGGACUAUUUGGACAAUCUGCUGGUUCAAAAGCAUUCGGAAUGAAUACCAACCCCACUGGUACCACUGGUGGCUUAUUUGGGCAAACCAAUCAGCAGCAAAGUGGAGGAGGGUUAUUUGGCCAGCAACAAAAUUCCAACGCUGGAGGAUUGUUCGGUCAGAAUAACCAAAGCCAGAACCAAUCCGGAUUAUUUGGACAACAAAACUCCUCAAACGCAUUUGGCCAGCCACAGCAACAAGGCGGAUUAUUUGGAAGCAAACCUGCAGGAGGACUGUUUGGACAACAGCAGGGAGCAUCCACUUUUGCGUCUGGUAAUGCCCAAAAUAAUUCUAUAUUUGGGCAAAAUAACCAACAACAGCAAUCAACCGGGGGAUUAUUCGGACAACAAAACAACCAGUCGCAGUCCCAACCUGGUGGAUUGUUUGGCCAGACCAAUCAAAAUAAUAAUCAGCCAUUUGGCCAAAAUGGGUUACAACAACCACAACAGAAUAAUAGUCUUUUUGGAGCGAAACCAACUGGUUUUGGAAAUACAAGCUUAUUCUCUAACAGCACAACAAAUCAAAGUAACGGUAUAAGUGGAAAUAAUUUGCAGCAGCAAUCAGGAGGUUUGUUCCAAAAUAAACAGCAACCUGCUUCGGGUGGCCUGUUUGGUUCAAAACCAUCAAACACUGUUGGAGGCGGAUUAUUUGGAAACAAUCAAGUUGCAAAUCAAAACAAUCCUGCCUCAACUAGCGGCGGAUUAUUUGGUAGCAAACCUGCUACAGGAUCCCUUUUCGGAGGUACUAAUUCCACGGCUCCAAACGCCUCUUCGGGUGGAAUAUUUGGGUCCAAUAAUGCAUCUAACACGGCGGCCACCACCAAUUCUACUGGUUUAUUUGGUAAUAAACCAGUUGGUGCGGGAGCUUCUACAAGUGCUGGAGGACUAUUUGGAAACAAUAACAACUCGUCUCUAAACAAUUCCAACGGUUCAACGGGCCUGUUUGGUAGUAAUAACACCUCUCAAUCUACUAAUGCUGGAGGCUUAUUUCAGAAUAACACUAGUACGAACACUUCGGGCGGAGGGUUAUUUUCCCAACCUUCCCAGUCAAUGGCACAAUCACAAAAUGCGCUCCAACAACAGCAGCAGCAACAACGAUUACAAAUUCAGAAUAACAAUCCCUACGGUACUAAUGAGCUUUUUUCGAAAGCAACUGUCACCAACACGGUUUCCUAUCCAAUUCAACCAAGCGCUACAAAGAUCAAAGCCGAUGAACGCAAAAAAGCCAGUUUGACGAACGCAUACAAAAUGAUUCCUAAAACUUUAUUUACAGCCAAGCUCAAGACUAAUAAUUCCGUCAUGGAUAAGGCCCAGAUCAAGGUUGAUCCAAAGUUGUCGAUUUCCAUUGAUAAAAAGAAUAAUCAGAUUGCGAUUUCUAACCAGCAGGAGGAAAAUUUGGACGAAAGCAUAUUAAAAGCUUCUGAGUUAUUAUUCAAUCCCGAUAAAAGGUCAUUCAAGAAUCUAAUUAAUAACAGGAAAAUGUUGAUCGCAUCCGAGGAAAAGAAUAACGGAUCACAGAACAACGAUAUGAAUUUUAAAAGUAAAAGUGAAGAACAAGAAACGAUCUUGGGAAAGCCAAAGAUGGAUGAAAAAGAAACUGCUAAUGGGGGGGAAAGAAUGGUUUUGUCCUCAAAGAACGAUGGGGAAGAUAGCGCAACGAAACAUCAUUCCCGGAAUAUGGACGAAGAAAAUAAAGAAAAUGUCGCCGAUUUACAGAAGCAAGAAUAUUCAGAAGAUGAUAAAAAGGCUGUUUUUGCGGACGUUGCGGAAAAAGAUGCCUCCUUCAUUAAUGAGAACUACUAUAUCUCACCAUCCCUGGACACAUUAUCCUCUUAUUCUCUCUUGCAACUGCGCAAAGUUCCUCAUUUAGUUGUGGGUCAUAAAAGUUAUGGUAAAAUUGAAUUUCUUGAACCUGUUGACCUCGCUGGAAUUCCUUUGACCUCAUUAGGGGGCGUAAUCAUUACUUUUGAACCAAAAACCUGUAUAAUAUAUGCGAACUUACCAAACAGACCGAAGAGAGGGGAGGGCAUUAAUGUUCGGGCCAGGAUUACCUGCUUUAACUGUUAUCCUGUAGACAAAUCUACCAGAAAACCUAUAAAGGAUCCAAAUCAUCAACUGGUUAAAAGGCAUAUCGAACGCUUAAAGAAAAAUCCAAAUUCUAAGUUCGAAAGCUAUGAUGCAGACAGUGGUACAUACGUGUUUAUCGUAAACCACGCUGCAGAGCAGACCUGA